AAUAUGUAAAUCCUAUCCUAUAGCCCAGCACCGUUGAUAUAUGUUUACUAUGUUUUUAUUACAUUGAUAAGUUUGAAUGAUAUUUGAAGGAAAAUGUCUAAUAUCUGUUAAUUUUGUGUAAAAUAGAAAAUUAGUGACGCAACAACGAAAUAUUUUUAAUUGGGCGACAUGGAUAUGGAGAUCAGGGGAAGUACGUCGUUUUGCAGUGUGAAUGAUGUUAAAGAAAAGCAUCAUACUUGUGAAGUAUGUGCAAAAAAUUUUGCAACACUUAGAAACUUGAAAUACCACUUGAGAACCCAUACUGGAGAAAAACCUUAUGCUUGUGAAAUAUGUGGGGAAGAUUUUUCCAGGACAGGAGAUUUGAAAAGGCACAUACGAACGCAUACUGGAGAAAAACCUCAUGCUUGUGAAAUGUGUGGGAAAUGUUUUGCAAGGCUGCAUCAUUUGAAAAAUCACUUGCGAACGCAUACUGGAGAAAAACCUCAUGCUUGUGAAGUAUGUGGGAAAGAUUUUGAAAGAUCAAAUAGCCUGAAAAAUCAUAUAAAAAGCCAUGCCAAAGAAAAGCCUUAUGCUUGUGAAAUGUGUGGGAAAGAUUUUGCAUGGCCAAGUUAUUUGAAACGUCACAUACGAACCCAUACUGGAAAAAGACCUCAUGCUUGUGAAAUAUGUGGGAAAUAUUUUGCAGAGACAGGUGAUUUGAAAAUACACAUACGAACGCAUACUGGAGAAAAACCUCAUGCUUGCGAAAUAUGUGGGAAAGAUUUUGCAUCGCCAAGUAAUUUGAAUCGUCACAUACGAAUCCAUACUGGAGAAAAACCUCAUGCUUGCGAAAUAUGUGGGAAAGAUUUUGCAUCGCCAAGUAAUUUGAAUCGUCACAUACAAAUCCAUACUGGAAAAAGACCUCAUGCUUGUGAAAUAUGCGGGAAAGAUUUUGCAGAGACAGGUGAUUUGAAAAGGCACAUACGAACGCAUACUGGAGAAAAACCACAUGCUUGUGGAAUAUGUGGGAAAUAUUUUGCGAGGAUACAUCAUUUGAAUCGCCACAUAAGGACCCAUACCAGAUGCUUGUGAAAAAUGUGGGAAAGGUUUUGCCAGGCAGAAUCAUUUGAUAAAGCACAUGCGAACGCAUACUGGAGAAAAACCCCAUGCUUGUGGAAUAUUAAGGAAAGAUUUUGCAUGACCAAGUAAUUUAAAAGCUCACAUGUGAUGUCCUAUUGAAAAAAAACCUUGUGCUUGCAAAAUCUGUGAGAAAGAUUUUACACAGCUGCUUCAUUUGAAACGCCACUUGAGAAUUCAUAUUGGAGAAAUAUGUGACAAUUUAAAAACGUCAGAUUAACAAUUCUUUUUUCUAGAAAUAGCUAGAUUGAUAUCAAAAUCAUCCUGAAAGCCCAUUUUGUGGCUUAAUAUAUGAAUUACAUAAAUAUCGGCCACUAGUUGGCCGAUAUAUCGUCAUCGGUGUCAAAAAGUGCUAUCGGUCGAGCUCUACUUCUUACAUUGUAUGUUAUACAUUCUUUGUAUCAUCCAGAUCAGGGCUGCUGAACUGGCGGGCGGCGUACAAACCCGGACCUUUUGGGUAUUCAACUCGGAUUGACCUCUUUAACUUUAGAUAUGUGAAGGUUUUCUUGACUUUUAUUCAUACUUUUAGAGGGUAUUUUAUCACUCUGUAACAGUAUAACCUAAAAGUUAGAGACACCAAAAUCUACUCAGUCGCGCUGUGAAAUAUAUGUUUUGAAAAGACCGUACCUCACUAAUUUUGAAGGGUUGUAUACGGACAUUUGGAAAAAAUAGUUGAGUCGCCCUGAUCUAGAUGCUUUCUUCGUCUUCAAAGCAUGCUAAUAAUCAAUUAUGCCAAUCCUCACUGGAAAAAAACGUAUACUUGUGAAAUAUGUGGGAAAGAUUUUGCAUGGCCAAGUAAUUUGAAACGUCACAUACAAACCCAUACUGGAAAAAGACCUCUUGCUUGUGAAAUAUGUGAGAAAGUUUUUACUCUGAGAAAUCACAUGGGAAUGGUCUUGAACAACCUCCCCACUACCCAGAGUGGUAAAUAGUUAGCUUCUGGGGUACAUUUUGCUAGAAUUAGAGUUUAACAAUAAAUUUAUUAUAUUCCAAGUCUAUUUAGGGACAUUUAUAUUUUUUUCGAAAAGCACUUGGAAAAUGUAUUUCUUUGGCUUUAUGUUUUAGAUGGCAUAGUUUUUUGUGUACUUUUUGUAGUAAGUUUUUGUUCUAUGGAUCCAAUAAUAAAAUGAGUUUUGUGUAAUCUGUCUUUCACCUAAAAUACCAGUGGUUAUCCAGGGUUCCUUUCUAGUUGGCGUUCUAUUCUAGUUAAUUUGCGAAGUGGCGCAUGUCUAUUGCAUCUAAUUGGGACUUUUAGAGGACAAAUCAUCGUUAGGAAGGUCAUAACUAUCAAACAAUUAAAGUUCCUCCAGUAUGCGUUUGCAUGUGCUUCUUCAAGUG